UCAGUCUCAAUUUUGUUGUCAAAACGGCAAAAUACCCAAUUGCAUUGGACUUUUGCUUUUUUCAGAAAAAAAUAUGAAAUCUGUCGGUGUUUAAAUUUUUGAAAGAGCAAAACAGCUCAAUUUCAAGUGUUUGAUGCAUUCAUGUGCAGCUCUUUGUAACUUCUUCCUUUCUUUUUUCGCAAUUGCUCACUUAUCAUCUGCUACUAUGUUUACAAAAUGAGUCUUUUUGCCGCUAUAAGUUAUUAUAUUCCUUCACAGUCAGGCAAAAAGUUGAUAUCCUUCCUAGUGGCUUCAUUCUUGUUCCUUUAUACCCUAUUCUUAUUAUUCGGUGGAUUUCAAUUUUUGAUAUUUCUGAUAGUUGGUUUCGCCCUGGGAUCGUAUAAUUCUUACAAUAGCAGCAGUAGCAAUUAUGACAGUCAGCAUAUACAGUCUUUACAGAAAUACGAGCAAUAUCUUAUUGAUAAAAAAAAGCAAUUACCUAUAUCGGAUGAAACAGAAGAAAAGAUUGACGAUAAUAAUAAUGGACGUGUUGAACUAUCUUACCCGCCUUUAACAAAUGUUAUCAAUCCGUUGCUAGAUUGUAUUAUGAAGGAUUAUGUCCUCAGUUGGUGGGAUCCGUUGAAUAUACAUCACGAUGUGCAAUUCCAGAAAAUAGCAAGAGAAAGAUUGAAUUUAAUGGUGAUUAAUGUAGAAAAAAUAUUGAUGAGUCAAGAAAGGAAUGACAUUGUCAUGUCCGUGCUGUAUGGAUUAGCGAACACCCUCAUUAUUCACAUGAGAGAAUGUAGAGCCUUGGAAGAAUCGAACUUGUCCAUAGAGCAAUUUAUUUUCCAGAACCCCCAAUCACCUUUUGCUCAGCUAUUAUCAACAGAAGAGCAGCAAAUGCAAUUAAGAAAUCUCAGCACUUUGUUUUUGAAACGUACGCUACCCAAUACGACAGAUACCCUUCUAACAAGCUUAUUUACUGAACUUUUAGCAACUUACCUUUUUGGUGGAAUUAUCGAUACUUUCAGCGAUCCAGACUACUUAAAUGCUUGGAUUGUCGACCUUCUUAAACCAACUAUUACUACCACCUCCACUCCUAGUGAAUCUGAUAUGCAAAAAAAUACGUUUCUGACGCCACCAGCUACACCAGAGCCUUCUACUAUGAACAUUACAAAUACAACACAGCAAACGGAACUGCAGUCAUCACCAUCUUCUUCAUCUCUUACUACUAAUGCUGAUACGUCAGUCGUACCAGCUAUGAUCUUCCCUCUGGGCACUGUCAAUUUUACGAUCAUGGAUAUUUCACAGCCAUCAUCCUUGCCUCCAAAUAAAUCAGAAAUGCUCUAUAUUAUACAGAUUGAAAGACCUGCUGCAGCACAUCAACAGCACCAUUCAUCCUCUGAAGGCGGCGGAUACGUUAUUACACGUACUUUUGCUGAUUUUGAAAGUUUUCAUACUCUAUUGAGUGCCAAGCAUUUCAACAGAAUUCGCACCUUGCAAUUAAAACUACCUUCCUUUCUAGCAUCCUCUCCUCCAUCCUCACACUCAGCAUCAUCAUUGCUCCAAAAGGGCAAUUCACAACAAACUCAGCCUAAGGACAUAAGUCAAGAAUUAGAAAAUUAUAUUGAUAAGAUUGUGCAAGAUGAAGAAUUAGGUACAGAACCUAUCAUUUUAUCCUUUUUAGGAAAAGAAAGUCAAUCCAAAGAACAGAAUGUAUCGUUUGCAGAAGAAUACAAAGCAGAGGUCGCCAAUGCUUACUCGAUUCUUCUAUCGUCCUCUUUGUCAAGCAACAGUACGUCUUUGCCGUCACUUGCGAAAACAAAAAUAUCCUCUUCCAAAAUCUCCUCUACCACUUCUGCUACGGCCACCAAUACUGUUAUAGAGAACGGAAGAACAUCCACAUCAAGCAUUCGAAGCAAUACCCCAUCUUCAUCCUCAUUAUCAUUACCUGAAUUACCAGCUAUUGUAACUGACCCACAUCCAAUGAUAAUUUCUACAUCGUCAUUGUCGUCCCCUUCGCCUCCAUCCACAGCAACAACACACCAAAAGCAGCCUGCUAUGCCGUUAUCUACCAUGGAUGUGGAGCUUUUAAUUGAAACAACGUAUGCUCUUGUUAUUGAAACUUUUCAACUAUCAGCAGGAUUUAAUACCACGAAUAAAAAAGCAACGUGGAUGAGACGGUCUAUUUUGAAUCUGUUGAGAGAAAUCGUACGCCGAUCUUAUACUCAAUUUAUUUCUGAACAGUACAAUGAUUUUGUUGAAGCCUAUAUUUCACCAGAUGCCAUCGUACACAUGUUGGACCAAUUGCAAAAUAGUUUUUGGCCAGAUGAUACAGAAGAAGCUGGAACAGCUGCAGCAGACCAACGUAGUAGUCAUUUGUACGAUGAUGAGGUGAAGGAGCGAGGAGUAGGAAAAGAAAAAGUUAAUACAAGUGACAGUGUUCAGCCAACAACAAAAACGAACGACAAGCAGAAGCAGUUGGCCAGAGAAUUGCUGAUGACAGAACUAAUACCAUCCACUGUUAGACAACUUAUUGGUGACCAAAAUUGUAAUAUGGCUAUGCAUCGUAUCUGGGCGAGAUGUCAAGAUCCUCAGUUAAACCGUGUUUUGAUUUUGCAAAUAUUAGAACGUAUCGUAAAACCCAUUUUAGGUUAAAUAAACCAUUGCUCGUAAUAAAUUUAGACAGAUAAUGCAAUGGACACAAUACACAAAGUUGGUUUUUGCACAGAAUACGACAUUACAUAUUUUUACAUGUGUAACGCUAAAUGUUAUUAAAUUCUUCCUCUUGUGCACAAUGGAUAAGUUUGAUCUUAUACUU